GGGUAAUUGGAUGCAUUUGCUUCGAUCGAUCUACCAGAAGUCAUCAGAUGUGUGUGAGAGUCUGUUCGUUAAUUGAUUGAAAAUAGCCAUUAACACAAUAAUUAUUAUGCUUCCGUUAUAUGAGAAUACAUCUGCAACGGUUGGUUACAAUAGUCUUUUGAAGCUCUGUGGACCUGGUUACCUCUAAGUACAGCGGCUCAAUAAUUAAUUAACUGGGAGAGAUAAUCUCUGAAACACACUUGAGAUCAAUAAAGCUGUGAAAGGUCAUUUAGCAACACAACAUGUAGGUGAUGAGACAGCAUAUAUGUAUAUAAUAUACGUAUAUAUUUAAUUUUAGUAUUAUAUAGAGAUAGAAUAGAAUUGGAUCAAAUUAACUAUGUUACAAUUAAAAGUCCUGCAUUCAAAAUGUUACUUGACAAAGUAUUAGCAAAAGUAAAAACACUCAUUUAGCAGAAUGGCCCAUUUCAGAAUAAGAACAUAUCAUUUGAUCAUAAUUAUAAAUGCAUUUAUGUGUAAUUAUUACUUAAUGCUGCAGCUGGAAAAGGUGGAGAGGCGUUCGGUAAAGUUAAAAAGAUAUUCACAGAUUCGGACUUCCCGGCUCAAUAGCUCUCUCACGACAUGGAGUUAAAACACAAACGACACCUCUCUGUGAUCGUAGUGAUGUCGACAACAAGCUACAACCUUCAUUCUACCAAAAAAAGCCGGUCUCCGAGAUCGAUGAAUAACGUACGGUCUCAAUGUGCGAUCGGCUGUGAGACCUCAGCCUAGGGACCGUCUGCAAAAAGCAAUCCAGGAAAAACAUAUUCCAAAAAUAUUCAAUAUCUCGACUGUAAGAUUGUGUAGGCUGACAGAACUUAUAUCAUACGUCAAAUGGCCACCCUGUGUUGUACUGUAGCUGUUAUUUUGAACAAAACUUAUCUUAAAUAAUUAUUAUGAAUUAUAUUUAAUAGUUGAUGGAAACAAUAUUCAAUAGCUUCACUGUUGUCAAGUGUAGGGUGAAACCAUUCAAUAUCUACAGCAAAGGGCUCCACAUUGAUGUACUACAGUUGUUAUUUUGAGAAAAACUUAAUUUGAAAAAUAUUAGGAAUUAUUUGUAUUAUUGUAUUGAAACAAUAUUCAAUAGCUCCACUGUAAUAAAGUGUAGGGUGCACUCAUUCAUUUCCGACAUCAAUGGGCUCCACAUUAGUGUACUACACCUCUUACUUUUGAGAAAUGUGUUUUUUAAAAAUUAUUAUGAAUUAUUUGUAAUAUUUUAUGGAAAAAAUAUUCAAUAGCUUCACUGUUAUCAAGUGUAGAGUAAAAUCAUUCCUUGUCCUAUUAUUUUGUUUUAUCUAUAUUUCUUACUGUUAACUAUGUACUCUUGUGUCAUCUUUGUCUAGAAAAUAGAGUAAAAAAAUGAUAUUUUAAAUAUAUAUGUUUAACUGGCUGAUGUUGUUUACGCUUUAAAAAUAUAUACAUCAUGAAAACAUUAGUGGAAACUUCACGUCGAAUAUAAAUGACGCAUACGUUAUUGAGUUUAUGCAUUUGUCCCUCACGGCUUCCGUCGACGGUGAUUUGUGGAUCACGUAAGAUGACGUCAUCACGCCCGCAGCCUAGCAGCGGAGAAAAUACAACGUAAACAAAGCGGACCAGGGCUCCGAGCGCCGCUAACGCUAAUUUCACUCGUGUUUCGCGAGUAAAACUCGGCUCGUAGCUGCAUUCGGGCGGAAAUUAAACAAAUGUCAUGCCCGAUAACGUUUAUCGGUUACACAUCUGGUGAUUAUCAGCGUUGUGGACGCCGAUAACGCGCGUUUUUGUCAUGAGUUUAGCUCGCCAUGUAGCCGAUGCAGGUUCGUAAUCGAUCAGCUUCUGGAGAGAGAGAGAGAGAGAGAUGACAACCUGAUCAUCUGGACCCGGGACUGAGAUGUUUAGCCUGAUGGCGAACUGCUGCAACUGGCUGAAACGAUGGCGAGAGCCCGCGAGGAAAGUGACUCUGGUUAUGGUUGGACUGGAUAAUGCGGGGAAGACGGCCACAGUUCGAGGAAUCCAAGGAGAGAACCCCCAGGACGUGGCUCCCACCGUGGGGUUCUCCAAAGUGGACCUGAAGCAGGGCAAGUUCGAGGUGACCAUCUUCGACCUGGGCGGCGGGAAGAGGAUCCGGGGCAUCUGGAAGAACUACUACUCCGAGUCCCACGGCGUGGUGUUCGUGGUGGACUCCAGCGACGUCCAGAGGAUCCAGGAGACGCGCGAGACCAUGGCCGAGGUCCUCCAGCACCCGCGCAUCGCGGGGAAACCUGUGCUGGUGCUGGCCAACAAACAAGACCAAGAGGGAGCGCUGGCUGAAGCCGACAUCAUCGAGAACCUGUCGUUGGAGAAGCUCGUCAACGAGAACAAGUGUCUGUGUCAGAUCGAGCCGUGCUCUGCCGUUCUAGGCUGCGGCAAAAAGGUGGACAAGUCCAUCAAGAAGGGCCUGAAGUGGCUGCUCAACAACAUCGCCAAGGACUACGAGGCCAUCGCCGAGCGCGUGCAGAGGGACACCGCCGAGCAGCGCGCCCAGGAGGAGCAGGACAAGAAGGAGAGGGCGGCGAGAGUGCGGCAGAUACGAGAGGAGAGAGACCGGCAGGAGCAGGAGGAGGCGGAGCGUGAGGGCCGGCAGAUCCAGGAGGAGGAGCUCGAUGAUGAAAGCAUCCCCAGCCCCUUCCAACCAAUCGGCAACGUGAUCUCUGAGAUCGACGAUAAAGAGAAGGAGCGGAGGAGAGUCAGAGAGCCGCAGGAGGCCAGGACCAACAGCCCGAAGACGGACGCCGAUCGGGAGGAAGAGGAGGAGGAGGAGGAGGAGGAGGAGCCGGACCACCCGAGACAAACGCCGGAAAAUGCCGCUUCAGCCAAGACGGGCGAGCCGGACAAGAAGAAGACGAGGAAGCUGCACCUGAAGAGGAGGCACCGGGUGGACCCGCUGCGGACGGAGGCCGAGAGCCCCACCCCUCCGCCUCCUCCCGUGGGAUGGGCCACACCCAACAUCUCUAGGCUGCCAAAACUAGAACCGCUCGGCGCCUCGAGACAUUCUGAACUUUUCAAGGCUGUCCCGCCUCUCGCCAACAGGCCGCAGCCCAACGGCGACGCUCAAGACGUCGUUUUGUAACCUCCAAUCACGGCUCUCCUCUUUGUCUUUCGGUCUCAAACGAGCGGGUGUGUAGACGACCACACACACACACACACACACACACACUUGAGCGCCUGGAGUGUGACAGGCAGACGGGAAACGCAAGGAGCACCAUGGGAAAUUAAGUCCUGUUAAGCGGGUUUUUUUCCGUGUGAGAUGUCGGAAAAACCCGCCUGAACUAAUUUGACGAGAGAGACUUUUAAUUUUAAUUAUCAGUGUUAGAUAUUAUUCCUUUGGGUCCGACUGAAUGCUUUUAAUUGACAAAGAAUGUACAUACGUCCGCUUUAACCUUAUAUAUGUCAUUGAACACGACUGUAUUGCAUAUGUUUGUCUUUGAGCCGCGGGGGGGUUUGGUAGUGUAAACAAAAAGGUACAGGAGAUUUCUCCGAGCUCGUAAAUCAAACAUGUUCUCUUUUUGCACCACUGAAACCAGGUGCAUCAUGGGAGCAAUGUGCGACACGACGCUGCACUGCGCACGGAACUCCGUGGUUGAUGUUUUUGGUCCACUUGUUGAGCAAAGAUGCAUUUGACUGCAUUGGGAAACCUGUUUUUAAAAAAGAGAACAUUUUCCAUCAUAAAGGAGCUCGUCCUCUUUAGAAAUGUGUUGUGAAAGUCUAUUUGUCGACAGGGCUACGGAUUGUAUCCGCAUUCUGCUGUUUCCACGGCGGGUCUGGUUUUUUAAAGUGAUAUUCCUCCGCUGCCUCUCCAGUGUCCCUGAGCUCUUCUCACAAUGUCUUCUGCACACAUUUUCUCUUUGGAUAAAAAAAAAAAAGACAGACGCUUAAGAUAGCUGAAUUUACAGAUACAAAAUACACAAUUCUGUCAAACAACACCACAUUGCCCCAACUAGGUGUGGGAGGAGAGCGUCCAUGGAACAGCUGAUUGGGUCAGAGCACACAAGAGUUUGUGUAGCGUCUUGAAAUAUCACUUUUAAAAAUAUCCCAAUAUUUUAUUUCAAAACUACAGCACUCACUCUCUUCUUAAUGCGCUAGAUGUUUGGAAAAAAACUAUUUUUUCUAUCCAGUUUGACUUUUGUAACCGCACAAUUAAAGAUGUUUUAAAUAUCA